CAAAACAGAGAAAGAGAAAGAUUGAGAAACAGAGAAGAGAAAGAAGAAGCAGAGGACUGUGCCUUUAUUGCUUCUUCUUCUUCUUCUUCUUCUUCUUCUUCUUCAUCGUUUGAGAUUAGAAUCUCUGUGAGGUCUUCGCCCAAGGUGGCGAACCUGACAGUUGAAGGGGAGUCGCGGACUACGCGCCUCCAUUCUUUCUUUUCGUUGGUGUUAUCAAGCAUUUUUGGGCAAAGCCAGGAGGAAGAAGCAAUUGAUCAAGCCAUGGAGACUAGACACCAGGAUGUUGUUCCUCAGAUUCAGAAAGGUGCUGCUGCCAUACCUGCUGGAAAGCAGAAGAAUGCUGCUGUCGUCGAUGGGAAGAACCGGCGAGCUCUUGAGGAUAUUGGCAAUCUGGUUAAUGUCAGAGUUCUUGAAGGGAAACCACCGAAUCAGAUCUCUCGCCCUAUCACUAGAAGUUUUGGUGCUCAGCUCCUUGCAAAUGCACAAGCAGCUGCCACUGCAGCUAAUAAGAAGCCAGUGCAUGUUGUUGUUGGUGACGGAGCUGUGGUAAAGGGUGGUGUGAAAGCAGUGAAACAGAAGCAAGCUGUGAAGCCAAGCAAACCAGAGACUGUCAUUACUAUCAGCCCUGACACUGAAGAAGAAGCAAAGCAUGCUACUCUGAAGAAUUCUUAUGGUACCUCAUCAAAGAAGAAAGUUCAUACCCUUACCUCAGUGCUCACUGCCAGAAGCAAGGCUGCUUGUGGAGUUAUUGACAAACCAAAGGAUCAAGUUCAAGACAUUGAUGCAUUGGAUGCUGAUGAUCAGUUAGCUGUUGCUGAUUAUGUUGAAGAUAUCUACAAAUUUUACAAACAUUCUGAGAGCUCCUACAGACCGCAUGAUUACAUGGAUACACAGCUUGAGAUAAAUGCAAAGAUGAGAUCUAUUCUUGCAGACUGGCUCAUUGAAGUGCACUACAAGUUUGAGCUGAUGCCUGAGACUUUGUACCUCACAUUCUACAUCAUCGAUCGAUACCUCUCAAUGAAGGUGGCCCUGAGGAGGGAGUUACAGCUUGUUGGUGUCAGCGCCAUGUUAAUUGCCUCCAAAUAUGAAGAAAUAUGGGCUCCUGAAGUCAAUGACUUCAUCUGCAUUUCAGACAAGGCAUAUACCAGAGAACAAAUACUAGCCAUGGAGAAAGAAAUCCUCAAUGAACUUGAAUGGAAUUUAACUGUUCCUACUCCUUAUGUUUUUCUAGCACGUUUUCUGAAGGCUUCUCAACGUGACGAAGAGAUGGAGAACAUGGUGUUUUUCUUUGCUGAAUUGGCUAUGGUGCAUUACUCAAUGGUUAAGUAUUGUCCUUCCAUGCUUGCUGCUUCGGCUGUCUAUGCCGCCCGGUGCACACUUAACAAGAGCCCACUUUGGAAUGAGACACUUAAAUGCCAUACUGGAUUCUCAGAACAAGAAUUACUAGAAUGCACAAAGAUGUUGGUGAAUUUUCACUCACUGUCAGCAGAGAGUAAGCUGAAGGUUGUACACAAAAAGUAUUCAAGCUCUCAACGUUGUGCAGUUGCACUGCAACUCCCAGUGGUAAAAAUGUUUGAGGGGUUGAAAGUUUCAGAGUGAUGAUGCUGAUGUUGCUGACCAUUUUUUAUUUUUAUUUUUUGGUGGACUAUCAGUUGUUUGAUGAUAUUGUUUUUUGUUGCUGCUUAGAACUCUUCCCUCAGGAGUCUGUUUUAGUUUACUAAUACUUGUUUGAUGUUUUUAUUUUUGUUCAAAGGUUUGAAUGUUUGUGAAUGUCUGAGACUGGUUAUGUGUGACAACAUUCACUUAUUUUCUGUGAUUAAUCAAUCAGAUUAGUUUUUUUUUUCAUCAA